AUGGCACAAGAUCAAACACAAGAUGUCACGUCAAAAGCCGUCCUCCAGCCUAAUGAUGCAGAGUCUAGAGACAAAAACUCGAAAGAUGCCUCACUAGUCGAUCGAUUCUCGUGGGGCAAUUUCACAUGCACCCAAUCUACCGGCGGCGUAGCCCUCAUGCUAUCAAAGACACCCUACCAAUUCCACGGCUUACAGACCAUUGGAGUCGUUGUGUUCAUACUCAAUCUUAUCCUAUUUAUCCUUUUUGUCUCAACUAUGACUUAUCGUUUCGUACGGAAGCCCUCAAGCUUUCGUGAAUCCAUCACGAAACCCCCGGAAGCCUACUUCACUGGAUCACUGUGGCUCUCAAUGGCAACCAUCAUCAUGGGCAUGCAGGCUUUUGGCGUUCCUCAUACCAGUUCCUGGCUCGUUUAUGUUGUCCGAGUUCUCUUCUGGAUUUAUGGUGCCAUCACAUUGACUUACAAUAUUGUCAUCUUUGUCGUCAUGUUUUCCAUCGCUCCAUUUGCACCUGGUAGCAUGAGCUCUCCGAUGUUUUUGAUGAUCUACAAUGCCAUGCUCACUGGCACCGUCGCCUCAGUAAUCGCAGCCGAUCAGCCUCCUCCGCAGCGAAUGCCGAUCCUUGUUGCUGGCAUCGCAUUCGAGGGACUUGGAUGGAUAUUAUGUCUUCUUUUUCUCCCUCACUUUGUGGGCAACAUGCUUGUCAAUGGCCUCGGUCCUGUCAAUCUUAGACCUGGCCUGUUUAUAUCUGUUGGCUCGGCAGGUUAUACCAUCAUAGCACUCAUCGGAUGCGCCAAAGCAAUUCCAGAUGGCUAUGGAUAUUUUGCAAAGCACCCGACUGCUGCCGAAACACUAAACAUCAUGGCAUUGUGGAUCGGUGUAUUCCUUUGGAUGUUUACCUUUUGGCUCUUCGCAAUCGCGGCAGUCGCGCAUGUUCCUAUAUUAGUGUCCAAACUUAGUGGCGAUAAAUCUCGAUCCAAGAUGAGCUUUGCUCUUCCAUGGUGGGCGAUUGUCUUUCCAAACGUCGGGUUUACGAUUGCUACGGUGUAUAUUGGUGAAGAGUUUGAAUCAGACGGUAUAGCUGGGGUGGCCACGGCCAUGACUAUACUCGUAUUUGCCGCAUGGUUGAUGGAUUUAUACUUGCAUAUGAAAUCGAUAUUUCAGAAGCGAAUCAUGUAG